GGAGAUUGUCAAAAAAAAAAAAAGAAAGAAGUAAGUAGAUGAGCCAACGCUCGUCAACACGCCCAAAAAACUGCUCGGUGCUAUCUAACGGCCUUGUUUUGCUGGAUAACGUUUUUUUUUGUGUGGAUAAAACAUUUUUCUUGAAGGAUAUUUUUAUUUAUAUAUUGUACAGACACACACACACAUUGGAAAAGAUGGACGACAUUGACGCCAUGUUCAGCGAAAUGCUGGGUGAGAUGGACCUCCUGACACAGAGUCUGGGACAAGAAACUGUGCCAACCCCCCCAUCUCCACCCAAACCUGAGCAGGAAGUCAACCCCUCCAUGGACUUCACGGACCUCAAUGGUGGUGGAUAUUAUAUGCGAAACGUCUGCUGUGACUUCCAACCAGUGUCCCUGAAUGAGCUGGAGGACGUUGAUUUGGAUGCCCUGAUGGCCGACCUGGUGGCCGACCUCAACGCCACAGAGGAGAAGUUGGCAGCCCAGGUUGGGCCUCUGAAGGAGCCUCAGCCUGAGCCUCCGUCGCCCCCGAUCGCCCGCCCGCCCUCGUCCAGCUUGUCGAUGUCCAGCGACUCGUCCGCCACCUCCUCCUCAUCCACCGCCUCCAUAUUGCCGCCUCCACCCCCGCAAUCGAGCAAACCUUCGAUGGAGGAGAUUGAGGCCCAGAUCAAGGCUGACAAAAUCAAGCUGGCUCUGGAGAAGCUCAAAGAAGCUAAAGUCAAAAAGCUAGUGGUGAAGGUGCGCAUGAACGACGGCAGCUCCAAAACCUUGAUGGUGGAUGAGAGGCAGAAUGUGAGAGAAGUGUUGGACAACCUCUUUGAGAAGACAUACUGCGACUGCAACGUGGAUUGGAGCCUGUGCGAGACCAACGCAGAACUGCAGCUCGAAAGGACUUUUGAAGACCAUGAAAACCUGGUUGAGCCUCUACUGUCCUGGAUCAGGGACAGCGAGAACCAGAUCCUCUUUCAGGAGAGCCCAGACAAGUACGAAGUCUUCAAAAACCCUCAGAAAUUCUACUUGUGGAAGAAGGACAAGAAGACUUUGAAAGACAUGAAGGACAAAGACAAGGAGAUCUUGAUCAAGGAGAACUUCUGUGGGACAUCCAUCAUGGUGCCUGACCUGGAGGGCGUGCUGCACCUCAAAGAGGACGGCAAGAAGUCAUGGAAGCCCCGCCUUUUCCAGCUCAGAGCCUCCGGGAUUUAUUACGUGCCCAAAGGCAAGACCAAGUCGUCUCGUGACCUGGUGUGCUUCGUGCAGUUUGACAACGUCAACGUUUACUAUGGAAAAGAUUUCAGAGCCAAAUACAAAGCGCCCAGUGACUUUUGCUUUGUGCUCAAACAUCCUCAGAUCCAGAAGGACUCUGAGUACAUCAAGUACUUGUGCUGCGACGAUGCCUGGACCAUGAACCUGUGGGUCACCGGAAUACGCAUUGCAAAGUACGGCUCCAAUUUGUAUGAGAACUUCAAAACGGCCGAGAAGAGGGUGGCCAUCGGUUCCACAUGGGCCAGCUGCAGUGUUACGUCAAGCCAAAACAAAUUCGAAAGCCAGGUCGCUAACGGACACGCAAACAACAUGCCACCCGCACCGCCUCCUCCCCCACUAGGCGGAAACCUCCCCCCACCGCCUUCCACACUUGGGGGAACUCUCCCCCCACCACCUCCCCAAUUAGGUGGAGCCCUUCCCCCACCACCUCCACCAGUAGGAGGAGCACUCCCCCCUGCGCCUCCCCCUCCACCAGCUCCGAACCUCAGCUUCCCUUGUCCUCCUCCUCCUCCUCCUCUCCAAGCCAAAUCUUCCCCCAAACCUGUCCACCAAAUGCGACGUCUACCGACCAACUUCCCGCCGCCUCCCCCUGCCGAAGAUGACCUGCCCCCUCCCCCUCCACCACCCGUCGAUGACUCCCCACCAGACUUUCUCCCGCCGCCUCCUCCGGCAUCCAAUUUUGGCUCGCUACCACCUCCUCCGCCACCCGUGAAGACCCUACCACAUCCCCAGCCUAACAGGAAGACUCUACCGCCGCCUCCUCCGAGUUUGAAGACCACGAACCUGCCGCCACCACCACCUCCUGAUCCAGGAUUUUUACCACCUCCGCUCACGGGGGCGCCACCUCCGCCACCUCCUCCUCCACCACCGCCUCUUAUAACGGCCUCCGCCGCCCUCCAAAAAUCGCAGAUGAGGCCUUCCGGGUCGGUGAAGAAGAUGCCACCGCCUCCGCCUAAGAGGACUACACCUUCUCUUCCUGGGGGUGGAGGUGGAGGAGAUGGAGGUGACUUCAUGUCCGAACUUAUGCGGGCCAUGCAGAAGAAACGUGACCCCGUUAAUUAAGUUUACAAUUUGGGUUCAGCCAUUUAGCACUUGAAGCCAAUCAUGUUUGCAAGAUGUGUAUAUAGUCCAUCGUCAGGUUUACAGGGGUGUAAUUACUCUUUAAAAACAAAUGUUGAAUCUUAAAAAAAAAAAGAAAAUAUAAAUAACAUUAUAUUUCAGUGAUGAAUAAAAAAAACGUGGAAUAAC